GGAACAUACGCAAAAAUGUACGCAUAAAAAUAUACAUACCUGUGGGGAUGUUUAUUUACAGCUCCUUUAUCAAACGAAGCUCAGUUUUAAAGACAUGCCUUUUCGCUUCUUCCCCUUUAUGUCAUACGUUUAAGAGAGGGGGGAAUGCGCCAACGUACGCGUAUACCCUUGUGCAUACGAGGAACACGCAGCUGCACGGCUAUGUAGACCGAACGAGCGAAGAAAACCCCCCACUAUUAACCCACAACUGUGCAGCCGCAAAAUGAAAAUCAAAAACCUCCUGCUCAAAAAAAGAAAUAAUCUCUCAACGUCCUUCUGCCUGGAGUCAGAAACGAAUGUGCUCAAGGACCACAUUCCGAUCCAUACGUUGAAAGAAAAUCACAAAACUAAAGUGUUCUACAGUUACAACCUCGUGGAUGGUUAUAAAUACAAAAUAAUUGUCAAAAGGAAAAAACAAAACUUAAAAAAUGCCAAACUUAUAAUUUCUUCUCUGGACCACCCAUACAUCAUUAAGUUGAUUCACUGUUGUGAAUAUGCCUCUUCGUUUAUCAGCGUCUUUGAGUUCUUCUCAGACACCAAUUUAUACUCCUCCGUAAUCUUCUCCGCAAAAUAUGAUGAAAAGAGGAUAAAGAAUAUAGUAUAUCAGAUCAUCCGAACGGUCCACUACCUGCACUCAAACAACUUAGCACACAAGCAACUACUCCCCCAAAGUUUCCUCAUCAAAUCCGUGAAUAACGAAAUGAUGAUUAAAUUGGAAGACGUCCACAAAAUUAAGACCUAUUCUUCGAGACCCAAUUCGAAAAUUAGGGGACAAAACGUCUACAGCAUUGGACUGAUAAGUAAUAACAGAUAG